AUGAUUCAGGAGUGUAUUGCAGAACUAAAGAGUCUGCUGGGCGUUGACAGGAUUAUUACAACCGCAUCUGAACUCAAGCGUCGUUCGCAUGACUUGUCAUACCAUGAACAUCAUGCUCCUCAUGCGGUUAUUGUUGUCGAGUCAGAGCAUCAUGUCUGUUUAGUACUCAAGACAUGCAACAAAUACAAAGUGCCAGUGAUUGCAGUGGCUGGAGCAACGUCUUUGGAAGGUCAUACCAUUCCAACCAUCACGCAUGGUGCCAUCAUUCUGGAUCUAACUAGUAUGGAUAAGGUGAUGGAUGUACACGCAGAGGAUUUGGAUUGUGUGGUGCAACCAGGGGUUGGAUGGGUGGAUUUGAAGGAGCAUUUGGAACCAUUGGGACUGUUUUUUCCUCCUGAUCCAGGUGCUGCAGCCUGUGUUGGUGGUAUGUGUGGAACAAAUUGUUCCGGCACGUUUGCUUGGAGAUACGGCACAAUGAAGGACAAUGUACUCUCUUUGAGAGUCGCACUUCCAGAUGGGACUGUAGUAACAACUCGUAGGCGAGCUACAAAAUCUAGUGCUGGAUACGAUCUCACUCGACUGUUUGUAGGCAGCGAAGGCACUCUUGGAGUAAUCACUCAAGCUACUUUGCGACUUCGACGUAUUCCUAAAUUCACGGCUGUUGUGAUGGCUCAAUUUCAAACUCUCAAGCACGCUGGUGAUGCUGUUGCAAAAGUUGUACAUGAUGGUUUGAUUUUGAAUCGAAUGGAAUUGAUGGACGCGCAUACUAUCCAAUCCAUCAAUAUAAGCAUCACUGAUCCUGCAAAACAAUACCGUCAAUUUCCAACAAUCCUGUUUGAAUGCGCUGGUUCCUCGCAGUCAACUAUUACUGAGCAAUUUGCUGCACUAAAGGAAAUCACUGGCCCAGUAGAAGCAUCGUCUCCAAAAGGUUGUGUCGGUUUUCAUGCAGCUUCUUCAGAGUCUGAAUCCGAGCUACUCUGGCAUCUACGCAAGCGUGCUUACUUUGCUGCCAAGGAUCUUCGCAAAGACGACAAGCUUACGUCUCACUCAAUGAGUAUCCUCACAACAGAUGUAGCUGUCCCCAUCUCCCAUAUCGUAGAAACUCUCACUCUUUCGAGACAAGAUCUUGACCAUCAUGGAUUAACUGGUUCAAUUGUCGCUCAUGCUGGAGAUGGCAACCUUCACGUAUUUUUAGUCAUUGAUGCCACAAAUCCAAAAGAGGUUGCUGAUGCACAAGCGUUUCGUGAUCGUAAUGCUCGCAUGGCACUCCAGUUUGGUGGUACGUGUUCUGGUGAGCACGGUAUCGGGAUAGGAAAAAUACAUUUACUAUCUGAAGAAGUGGGUGUAGAAGCUAUUGAACUAAUGCGUAAAAUCAAAAGUGUGGUUGACCCAAAUGGAAUUAUGAAUCCUGGAAAAGUGUUUGAAUUGAAAUCCAAUCUUUGA